CUUCGAUUUUGGACAGUUAUCCAACUACCAUAGCAAUAUAUGUUAACAAUAUGGCGGCACUGGGUCGUGGUGUAACUGUCACAAACAGUGCAGUUAAAUCAAGUAAUUUGUAUGAAUUCUGAGAUGUGACAUGAAGUAAAAAAAAUCAAUUGCUUCUUCUAAUAAAUAAAUCCAUCAACCAUGGCCGAUAAAAGAAAGCGUAAGACUGAGUAUGUUGUGUCUGGUGGUGUUGACACAAGUUUAACUAAGGACCAGCCUGAUGAAGAUGUACAAGAAGCAAACAAGGAACCAGAAAAACAAAUUAAAAAUGAAAAGAAGGAACAAGUGGAAAAGACUGCCCCAGAAAAAGUACCCCCACCACCCGAAAAACCUAAAGAAAUGACCAGUGAUCUAGGUGGCGGGGAAUUUCUUAAGACUCAAGGCAGUGAAAACCCAUUUAAUGUAAAAAUAUCAACAUAUAAAAUAGAUCCAAAACUGAUAAAAGUUGAUCAGUUUUACCCAUCAUUAGAACACCAGUUUAAUAAAUCCAAUACCAAAUUUCUGGAAGAACAGGAUAACAGAGUUGAGAAAGCAAUGAAAGAAAUAGUGGAAGAGUCUUCCACAUUUACCUAUGACGAAACAAGUACCAGUGGAAUUGAUGAUACACAGAAUUCUAUGGCAUUGGUGAAAGCUCCUGAGAAAGCUGAAGAAGAGAAACAACCUGAUGACAACAAUUCAGCUAAACAACAGAAAGAAAAACCAGCAUUUGCCAAAGUUUUCUUUGGGGCAGCAUCAAGUGUAUUUGCUACUGCUGUAGACGAACAAACUUUAGAUGAUGCUAAGCGCCGCCAACAAACCCUGUUUCAACCAGAGUCAUGGGAACCAGUCAGUAAAUAUUCACCAGGAAUGCAAGAGAUAAUUGAUGCCAGGGCAAAUGAACAUUUUGCUAAAGCUAUGGAAUUGAAGGAGAAGAAAGACUUUACUGGAACUAUUAACUUUAUCAACAAAUCUUUAGCCUUGAGAGACUUACAUAUCUAUUACGUAGAGCGAGCUGAAGCCUACAUCCAAUUAUGUGAUUUUCAAUCAGCCAUUUUGAAUUACAAAAGAGUGUGUUUGAUGGAGCCAGAAAAUGAUGAUUAUUAUAAAAGACUAGCAUUUUUGUUUUAUUUCCAAGGACAAACAUUAUUUGAUCAAAGACUUUAUCCUGAAGCUCUAGAAGCAUUUGCCAGAGCUGCAGAAAUGGCACCUGAUAAUGUGGGAUAUCAUAUUAGGAGUAUGACAUGCUUAGCAGCCUUACACAGACAUGGAGAAUGUUUAGCUUUAGUUAAUAAAAGAUUAGAAUCUGAAAAUGACAAUCCUGAUCUAUAUAUAAUGAGAGCUAGAUUACAUGAAAUGUUCAGAAAUACCACAUUGUGUUAUUAUGAUGUGAAAGAUGCCAUGAAGUUAAAUGAAGACCACCCUGAAGCCAAAGCAAUGACGAUUAAACUGGAGAAACGAGCUCUAGAGAAUAAACAUCAUGCCAUGCAAUUAAACCUGCUUGGAAAACAUAGAGAGGCACUGCAGAAAAUAUCUGUUGCUAUAGAAACUGACCCAGCUGUUGCAGAUUUUCAUGUUCUUAGGGGUACAUUACACAGAAGAUUAGCUGAUUUUAAUGCUGCAAUAGAUGACUUCCUGUUGGCGCUAGAUAAAUGUGACCAUAAUGAAGAGAGUCCUGUCUAUAUUGAAUCACAAAGACAACUUUUGUUGACUUACAAUGAUUUUGCUGUGGAAUGCUUUACAAAAGGAUUUUAUGAUGAAGCUAUUAUUUUGUUGAAUAAAGCUAUCAAAGGAGAGAAGAGAGAAAAGGGACUUUACAUCAACAGGGGAGAUUGUUUCUUUAGACAAGGAGAUUAUAAUUUUGCUUUACAAGAUUACCACCAAGCCUUAGACCUAGAUUCCAUGGAUAGCAAUGUGAAAAACCGAGUGUCAGUGAUUUAUAAUGAAUAUGCUACUGUAGCAUACCAAGAUAAAAACUACCCUGAAGCAGAAUCUAAAUUUACUCUAGCACUCCAGUACAAUAUUAAGAUGGGGAGUUACUAUAUAUCAAGGUCCAGAGCAAGAUAUAUGAUGGAGAAUAUGCAAGGUGCUAGACAAGACUUGAUUAUGGGACUUUUAUUGGACCCUACUAAUGAAGAGGUCCUGUCCAUCCUGUCCAGAUUGUUUCCAGGAAAGUCUGUUGGUGAUGUGGUCAACAGUAGGGCUGCUGACCAGGCUAAAACAAUCCUUCGUGGCAUACUGUACCCAACAGUCCUAGUGCCUAAAAAAUCAUCUACAGUUGUUAGUUCUGCAGAUAUAGAAGAAUUAACAAAAGACCCUGGAUUAAUGUCAGCGUCUGCUAAGUCAACAUGGAGCCAGGAAGAUGCUGACAUCUCUAAUGUGGAGGAGAGAAUGUACAAAUCAGGAAGUUGUUUCCCUGACCUGAAAGCUUGUAUGGAUGAAAGAGAUUUCAACUUGAAGCUGGCAGGAGAGAAGAAACAGGUGCAUGAGGAUGUUAAAACUGUGAUGAUAGAAAGAAGAACUUUGAAAUACUCCGGUGGGAGGGUGUGUCCCUUACCCCCUCCCUCAUCCAAACCAUUGUAUGGCGGUCGUGCAUUUAAGAGAAAAUCCAGAUUAGCUGAAGAAAGUGCAAAUAAAGGAAGUAGUACAAACUGGAGACAAUUUACACAGGGAAUUCCAGUUGUUGAUGCUUGAAAUAAACAAGGGAGAUAAUAUAUAAUUUGAACAUUGAGUUAUGUCCCAUGGCAUAAUAUGCAAUGGUUACCUCUUUGGAGCCAUAGGAAGUGUGUAAAGGCAAUAAUCACUGCCAGUUCUGUGGAAUGCCAACACAGAGAGUGAUGAAUGAAUGCAUAGUUGCAGAUGUCACAGGAUGUGGUGUGAUACACAGACUUAAGUGCUGAAAAUAGUUCAUGUCAAAUUAUGAGUGCCAAUUGUAUAAAGUUUCAUAACCUGCAUUAAAUUCAUUGUCAUAAAUUAAAUCAUGAACAUUAUCAUAAACUGGUGUACUCUGCUGUCUGUGUGAAUGAUUUGUCAAAACAAUAUUUUGACUUAAUGUAUAUAUGUCUUCCUUCUAAGUAAAACCUCUAUAUAAUUAGACAUUCUGAAAUAUGUUAGGCUGGUUGAUGUGUUGCAUGAAAGUUUGAAAAAUGAUUAAGAAGAUUGUUGGCUAAUAAAUACUUCUUUUUUCUUUGAACAGCUUUCACUAUGAAGAUAAGAACUGGCACAUAUAUUUCAUUUAUUGGAAACUUGAUCAAAUU